CCGACUUGACAAUGUUUUAUGACUUAAGUCUUGUCUUGAUUGACUGUAGUACAGUAUUGUGCGUUACUUCAAGACAAAGAUUUAAGUCAUAAAACAUUGUCAAGUCAGCUAUUCUGCUCAAGCCCUAACACUUGCCGGUUCUGUGUAACUUAUGAGUACUUGGGAAUGCGAUAAUUCCAAUUAGAAUUGUUGCCCGAUAAUCGAAAGUCCCAUGUAUGUACAUCUGAUUAAAAGAUUUUGGUGGAAUCAUCAGCCAUUUAUUUUCGCAAAAAAAGUUUUUCACUGUUGUGAGUUAAAAUUAUGUGGCAUAAUAUUUUCUCUCUGAUUAAGGAAGAUUCAUCAAUAUAAUAUACACCAAGAAAUUGAAAUUUUAUUAAAUAAAAAAAAAUAGAAUAGAAUAGAAAAUUGAAAAAACUGUAUGAUACUGCAACUCCUGCAAUAGAGAACGGCAAUUCGACAAAAAAAAGAAGAUAAGAUAUAAAAUAUUUAUUCCUUUCACUCCAUGACAUAGCUUGGAAAUUCUGCAUUUUUUUCAUAUGGGUGGGAACAUCAUUCAAGGUCUGUGAUGGUCAGUGACCAUUCCCGAUUAUCAUCAUCGAUUGAGUGAACAGGUUGCCCUUCAUCGCGAGCAAUCUCUCGUGUUUUUCUCACAUGAUUUGCAUCUGCGAUUUAUGUCUGCAAGCCGAUUUACAUAGCAUCAUUCAGCAAUCAUGGACCAAUCUGAGAAGAAAGCCAAGAAUUUUGAAAUCAUCGUGAAAAAUCUUAUAGCCGGCGGUGUAGCUGGUAUGUGCUCAAAAACAACUGUAGCACCUUUAGACAGAAUAAAAAUUUUAUUACAAGCACAGCACGAAUAUUAUAAACAUUUAGGUGUUUUCUCAGGAUUAAAGGAAAUUGUUCAACAUGAAAAUUUCCUUGCUUUAUAUAGAGGCAAUCUCGUUCAAAUGAUUAGGGCUGUGCCUUAUGCAGCAAUACAAUUUACAGCAUUUGAACAGUAUAAAAAGCGUUUAGGAAAAUUAUUCAAACAUGGUUCACAUAUAGAUGGGUUCUUAGCCGGAGCUGCCGGAGGUGUCACAGCAGCUGCAAUUACAUAUCCACUUGAUACCAUCAGAGCAAGAUUAGCCUUUCAAGUUACCAGCAAUACACUUUAUUCUGGA